AUGGAAGAUUACAUAGUAGGGUUGGUUGUAGCAGGUGUGUUCUUCUGGACAAUAUUAUUCUUAUUAACAAAAGGGAUCUUUCAAGAACGUUCAUUUGAUUUUAGCCUACGUGUGGUUUCUUCAAUCCAUGCAAUUAUAGCAGUAACAUUGGCUUCUCUCUCCAUUCAAGAUUGGAGUUGCCCAAUUUUUCCAUUGGCCUCAAAGUCUUCUCCCAUGCAGAUCCAAACAUUAGCAAUCAGUGGUGCUUAUCUCAUUUUUGACUUAGCAUGUUGCCAAUUCAGCGACAACAUUAAUCUGGAUACCAUAUUUCAUCAUUUAGUCUGCAUUCUUGGAAUUUGGGCAGGCCUUGCCUCUGAAAGGUAUGGAUCAGAAAUGGUGGCGGCAUUAUGGCUUGGAGAAAUUUCUGGUCCAUUCCUCCACUUAAGAGACCUCCUUAAAGAAAUGGGGUACAGAGACACAGACCUAAAUUUGGCCAUUGAUAUUUUGUUUGCAAUCAUAUUCACAGCUGCAAGGAUGAUAGUUGGACCAUAUCUCACGUAUGUAUUUCUCUUUUCUGAUAGUCCGCUGCUCAUGAAGGCGCUGGCUCUUGGACUGCAACUUGUCAGUGCUUUCUGGGCAUACAAGAUCGUAAGAAUGGUUAUAUACAAACUGUCUUCCAAAGGCAUGCCUUCAAGCCAGCCAGCCAGCCGUAGAUGGGGAAGCAAUCUUUACUGCUCAUCGCUAGAUGUUGGCAAUUGCAGAGGAACCACUUCCUCGAAAAGAACUGGUGGACAUUCUACUUAG